GGAUUUGUUUGGCAUGCGUCGAGAGCCCACUAAACUAUGCUGGUGAGAGUCUGUGUAGAGAGCCUUAAAUCCUGCACCCAUUGGGUAUGUGAAGCUUGCCGCUUUCUCCAAGGAAGCUCUUAACCUGAGGUCGCCAAUAGCGGAAUCUGAUAGAGCAACUCAAAAGAUCAAUGCCGAGAUACAUGCAACAGACCGACAAGGAGUACGUGAAGAUUGCGAUGUUGAAGCAGGAAGAAAUCUUUAGAUAUCAGGUCCAUGAACUCCAUCGUCUGUACCGAAUUCAGCAGCAGUUGAUGGGAGACAUGAAGAUUGCCGAAAUGAAAAGGCAAAAGGGGCGCACACGAGCAGAUACCGAGCUACUUGAUGCAGAGGAUGAGACAGGGCCUCGUCGGACGCUUGACCUGGAACUCCCGGCAGGGGUCGUGCUCGACGCCGACGAAGAGAGCGACUUGGAGCUGACGCUCGCCACCGGAAGCGGCGGAGCUCGACGGAAGAAGAAGGACGCAUCAUUGACUUCGGAUUCAGCGUCCAGCUUUUCCUCAUCCUCGAACGAGUACGGGAACAUGCACAUGAAACGAAACCGCAACGAGUGGGUGCUGCAUCAGCUGGCGGAUGAAUCCACAAGGUUCGGUCGUGAUGGAAAGAGUAGGUUCGACAUGGAGGAACAGAUGAGGAAGGAUGGAAUGAAGCAGCCUCAUUGGCUCUUUCCCUGUUCCAAACGUGACAUGCUGGUGUCUUUUGGAUUGUAAUGGUUCAUAGAAUCACUGCUUUCCAUUGUAUUUGACUGCUUAGUUUGCUUCCAACAAAGAAAGUUACAGCCACUUAGAACAA